AUGUCUGCUAGAAAUCUCCAGCCAUCGGGAGCAUCACCUCCUCACCCUUCCACAAGUUUCCACCGCUCCACGCAGACCUUGUCUUCACAGGAAGAAGAUACUGAAGGAGAUGAGGAGAGUUCAGUGGAAGAAUUUUUAUUUCUUCAAGAGUUAGAGAGCCCGGAGGAAUACCAGUACCCGGAGGAGGAGGAAAAUUAUCUGAAAGGAAAGGAGUAUCUGGAUGAAAAGGAGUAUCUGAAGGAGGAAAAGUAUCUACAGAAGAAAGAGCUGCUGGAAGGAAAAAUGUUUCUGUAUGAAAAGUUUCUGGAAGAGGCCACUCUUUACCCCCUGCCCCCUUCACAGAUGCGGAUCCUGGAGUUUGAGAGAGGGAUACACGCGUGCAUCACACACCUGCUGCGCAAACGCUCUUGGUUGGAAAAACCAGAGACUCACCCAGGAGCAGUCACAGGGCAUGGGAGAAGUCAUCACUUGGGGGCCCAAGACCCCUACCGUGACCAUGAGGAUAGCUCUCCAGAGGCUGGGGAAGCAAACGGGAUGAGCCUCCGAGGAGGGCACAUGCGCUGGAGCGGGGUAGCACAGCCUGGUUGGGACGAGAACUUCGACCAGGCCCCGCCAGCGGGAACCAUAUCUUCCGGUGAACAAAUCAUGGAAUCCAAAGGGCUGGUUGUGACCAGCUCCUAUCAGUCAGUGUUCGGGACCAUGCUCAGAGAAAUGGCGGCUAGCAGUGAACUGGAGGAGGAUAUUAACAUUCCCCUGACCCGUCAUCUGGAGAGAGAGACCAGAAGGAAACUGGGAAUUCUGCUGAAGAAAAAUUUUGGAAAAUAUAAGGAAACAAUCCUCUGGAUUAUGAAGAAACGUGAAAGUAAGAACCCUCUCCCACCUUCCACCCCCGCUGCCCGGCUCUCCUGGGUACAUCAAGGUGAUGCAAAAAUCAUUCUCUACCCCAGUGAGAUUGUCUUCCAAAUUCUCUUUCCUGAUGGAUCAGGCCAGAUAUAUUAUCCAUCAGGACACCUGGCUAUGCUCAUCCUCAGUAUAAAAGAGGGAAAGUUCACAUACAUCAUUCUGGAAGACAGUGAAAAUAUGUGUGUCCAGGCCCUUAUCAACAACUCUGGCCAUGCCACCUUCUAUGAUGAAAAUGGAAACAUCUGGUUGAACCUGAGCCCAAACCUGGGAUACUACUUCACCAGAGACAAGUACCAGAAGGCCUGGAACUGGUGGGAUCUGAACCUCCACAUCCAUGCACCCCCCAUCCAGCCCAUCUCCUUGAAAAUCAACCAGUACAUCAAGGUACAAAUAAGGAGCCAGGAUAAGAUCAUCUUCCGCUUCAUCCACAAGCAGCAGCACAUUUGCUUAAACCUAGGCACCAAGUACAAGUACAUUACCCCGGCGGUGCUGAGCGAAAUGAAGAAGGAAGCAGUCCUGGAGAUGGAAUUCAGUUCAACGGCUCAGAAGAUCCAGAUCCUUCUAGGGAAAAUGAGGACGAUCCUGAGUACACUGACCACCUCUGAUUUGGAAUGCUUCAUACAGGGCAGCAAGAUCUUGCCAACAAGACGAUAUGAGUCGGAGGAGGAACUCUCAUCUUCCAAGCCGGGGCAGUCACCAAAUUGUGCUGCUUCGGCAUGUGCUGAACGUUCCCGGGAGGUGGAGGUGUCCAAAGCCCCGAGGAAACCCCCAAAGCCCUAG